AUGGAGUCUGCCAGGGUGCUGGUCGAAAGGCCAGUCCCUCACUUGAAUCAAAGUCGUGGCACUACGAGCCCCUCUGUCUCAGGAGAGGCUAUCUCAGCUCGGUUUCUACAUGAGUGGAUUGGCUUUCCCAGGCAGAUGCUGACAUUGUGCAACACGUUGAGCCUCGAUGUCAAUGUACCUGUGACCGACGACUCCGACAUGAAUGAGCACUACCAUGUUGGCAAUGAGUUGGGACUCACUGGAAGAUUCAACAAAUACGUCUGCGACCCAGUCGCCAAGGUCCUCUCCGUGACGGAGCACGCUCACCUUACCUUUGGGGAUUUUCAAGCAGCUGUCCACACGCAAUGUAGCGACGUACCUGACGUUGUCGUGCUUUCUGUGCCGAAAUUAGACGUCAUAGCCGUCGGGGAACUCAAACCGGUUUGGACGGUUUUACUAGAGGAAUAUCCAGUCAAUGAAGGCCCGGCGAAUAUAGUCCCGAUGCAGCCGCAUUUUGGUAGCAUGAACCCUACAGAAAUACAUGCUCACUGGCUGAUGUAUCUAGGCCAAUUGGUAUCCUACAUGCGGAACAACCGACUGAAAUACGGCUUCCUGUCGACCUAUCGCAGCACCGUGUUUGUUCGCAGGACUGGCGAUUUUCGAUUCGAGUUGUCUCUGCCCAUCGAUGAACAAGCAACGAACCCAUCCCUCCGCCAGUGUUUCGUUGCGGUUUGUCUUCUCGCUUCUCAGGACGGCAUAUACACAGAGGCACCGGACUUCAAUCCCGCCCGCUUGAAAAUCCCUUUUGAACCAUUCGUUCAACUCUCCAUACGACCAUCUCCCUUUCGUAAUGAAGUGGCCACGAAAACUAACACUCCACGAGAAGCCAUGGGAUCUGAGUCGAUCCUCUUCGGAGGCAAAGAUGGAGUGGCCCAGGAAUGGGUCAAUUGCCAUCGGCUAAUCAAAGGAUCUCAUAUCAAGGCACUCUAUGAGGUUACCUGGAACGGUCAGGCCGCUAUUGCGAAAUGUUGGUCAAACGCACGUCACCAAGGAUACGUCCACGAGGUCAGCACGUACGAAAGGUUGUACCAGUUGAGGCCAGCGGGCUUCGAGUUUUUCGCCCCUCUUCAAACUCACGGAAAAAUCGUCUGCUCCUCGAUCUUCCCCAAAGGACACAUCAUGAUUAUCAAGAAAGUCCAAGGCGAGCCCUUGGACCGUCAGUGGGACCUCCUCUCUUCGGAUCACCGGGACUAUAUACGCACGACUAUCUACAAGGCCGUCGAGGUGUUGAGACGCAUCGGGUACAUAUCAGUUGAUUCGGGAAAACACAAUGUUCUUUACUCACCAGACACCCGGACUGUAACCAUGGUGGAUUUCGAGCUGAUGCAGAAGUGCGAUCAGAGCACGAUGAGCGCGGAGCUCCCAGAGAUGCAUGCUAUCUUCGGAAAGCCUCUCACAUCCGGUUCUCAGCACCAUCUGGGUGGUUAA